AUGAGCUAUCCUUCAGCUUCUAGAGAAUCUUCAGUGACGGUAGCUGUUAGAGUGAGACCAUUUACACAAUCAGAAUCAGCACAUCUAGUGGUAAAUAAAGAAGAACAAGUAUUUUUGGGAGAUGGUGCGCUAACUUUUAAUGAUAAUGCUGAAAAGGAAAACAAAUAUAGACCAAAAAGAUAUGCUCCAAAGGGACUAAGGAAAAUCGUUGAUGUCGUUGAUGAUAGAAUGUUAAUUUUCGAUCCACCUGAAAAUAGUCCACUAGCAAAUUUAUCAAAAAAUGUCUCAAAUCAUGGGAAAAGAACAACAAGAUUUAGAGAACAUCGUUUUGUAUUUGAUAAAUUGUUUGAUGAAGGAACCUCACAAGAAGAUGUUUAUUAUAAUACAACUAGACCUCUAUUGGAUAGUGUUUUAGAUGGGUUCAAUGGUACAGUGUUUGCAUAUGGUGCUACGGGGUGUGGUAAAACUCAUACAAUUAGUGGGACAUUAGAAGAACCAGGUAUCAUUUUCUUAACUAUGAAGGAAUUAUUUGAAAGAAUUGAUGAUUUGAAAGAUACCAAACUGAUUGAUGUUUCACUUUCAUACCUGGAAAUUUAUAAUGAAACUAUUAGAGAUUUGAUGCAACCUGAUAAUGGCGGUAAGCUGUUAACAUUAAGAGAGGAUGCCAGUAAGAGGAUAAACGUUGGGAAUCUUACAAGUCAUAAACCUCAAUCAGUCGAAGAUGUCAUGGAUAUGAUUAUCAUUGGGAAUAGAAAUAGAACCAGCUCUCCAACUGAAGCCAAUGCAACAUCUUCAAGAUCUCAUGCUGUUUUACAAAUCAACGUUACACAGAAGAAUAGAACUGCUGAUGUUAAGGAAGAUCAUACUUUUGCAACUUUAUCAAUUAUUGAUCUUGCUGGUAGUGAAAGAGCUGCUGCUACAAAGAAUAGGGGUGAACGUUUACACGAAGGUGCGAACAUUAACAAAUCAUUACUCGCUUUGGGUAACUGUAUCAACGCAUUAUGUGACGCUAGAAGAAGAAAUCACAUACCAUAUAGAGACUCAAAAUUGACUAGAUUGUUGAAGUUUUCAUUAGGUGGUAAUUGUAAAACAGUGAUGAUUGUUUGUAUUAGUCCUUCAAGUCACCAUUAUGAUGAAACAUUGAAUACAUUGAAGUAUGCUGAUAGAGCUAAAGAAAUCAAGACAAAGGUUUCAAGAAACCAACAUUCUUUGAAUAGGCAUGUUGGUUCUUAUUUGAAAAUGAUAACUGAACAAAAGCAAGAGAUUGAAGAACUUAGAAAUAGAGAAAGUGUUGUUGUUGGACAAGCUGUUGAAAGGUACAAGGCCAAGAAAGAAAGGGUACAGAUUGGAAUGCUUGAGUUUCUUGAUACCUUGAAGCAAAAUUUGAAUUCUAAAAAAUUUCAACACUUAAAACUGAAGAAGUCAUCUAUAUUGUGCAAAAGAAAGUUACUAAUACUGCAACGUGGGGAAUUACAAAAAUAUUUGAAAAAUAUUCAAUCAUUAGAGGAUCCAAUAUCUGAAUUUGAAAAUGGAUAUCAAGCUAUUGAAAAUCUGGUGGGUAAAUUGAGCACAAAAAUUGAGGAAUUGGAGCAGUUAUAUGAUGAGGAAAGUGAAUUGGAUAUCAUACUGUCAGGAUCUGCUAAUAGUGGUAUAAGGAAGCUUGGUGAAUUAGAAGCUUGGUCAAAUUAUGAUAAGAUAACAUUGGAUACCACAUUGACUCUUAUGAAAGACUCUGUUGAAAGAACCAUUCUAUAUAAUGCAUCAAUGGCUUUUGAUAGAAUUUUAUCUUCU